AUGCCCAGGCCUUCUCCCUUUGGUGCAGAGCCGGAAGAACCAACAGUGCAAUCAUCUCUCGCUUCUUCUAGCUCGGGGUGGAAGAAGUACACCCUACUUGAGAAGGAGGUGGGGCACAAGUGCCUAGCCGCACUCCUGGGAGUCGGGCACAAGAGACUCCACAAGUUGGAAUCCACCAGACCUGAUCUGCGCUAUGGCCAAAAACCAUACAUGUCCAAACCAGGGACGUGGACGGUAGACGCGUUUCUGAAGAUUUCUUACGAUGCAGUAGCAGAGACCCUGCCCGACGAGUUCAUCCGAAGGGGGAGAGCCUCACGGCCAAAGAGGGAUCUCGAUGGCGAUGAGCCAAGUGACUAUGAGGAGCUUUCUUCAGAGGUCGAAAUGGAUGACAUGAAGGGCAAAGCAUCAGCGGCCAAGAAUGAAGGUUCAUGGGACCUGGGCGUGAUUACUAUUUGUGAUGAGGAAGGUCGGCCACGACCCACUACGGUGGUGGUUGUGGAUUGGGUGGGUAUCCAAACCAGGGUGGAGGUGAAAAAAAUGAAUGCCACCCACAGCUGGCGAACACACUUGCCUGCGACUGGAGUCAAGCUUGAAGGUGGUCUGCUGCGAGACGAUGAGGGGAACCACAUGUUUCUGUGCAUGCAGCGCAGAGGAUGGACAUUGUCCCCACUGGAAAGUGUCUUGCUAACAGCUGCCAUCCAGCAACCCAACAACCACAGCGAACAGACGGGACGAAGCCUGCGAAAGCUGGCCGAGGCUGUGAUGUAUCACUAUGGUCACAAGUACCAGCGGGCUGUGGAUUACUUGCAAUCCCUUGCCAACAACAGUUUUUGGGAAGAAGCUGAACUUCCAAGGGCAAAGGUAGAGGAACGGUCCCGCAUGCUCAAGGAUCAGAAAGAUUCCGGCACAGCAGAGGAACCUCCUUCGAAGAAAGCGUGCUCUGCUUUUGAGAAGCAGAUGUCCAAGUUGCCAGCGGGCGAUUUGGAGCUGGUGAAAGACCUGGUGCAGUUUGUCUAUUCGUUCAAGACUGAUCUUGGUGAAACGCAGAUAGGAUCCCACCCAGCAACACUUGCUCUUGAUACCUUGGGGAGUGGUUCUGAUGAGAGCAACAAGCUCCAUGCUGCCCAGUUGGAUGGGUGGUACAAUGAAUAUGCUUGCAAAGUCCGCAAGAUGCCGUAUCUCUACCGACCACCUGCCCUCGCUAUGGAUCCUAGCAUGAACGACGAGACGACAAAGGUGCCAAUCAUCUGCCUGAGGUUCACAAAGCCACUGGAUGGCUUACCAGUGUUGGAGGAUUGGCUGGACGCCUGGACUUGCGGACCGCUGAGUGUGGACCAGAUCAAGGGCUGGACUCGCACAACAAUUGUCUUGACAAUCCUCUUGGCUGCUUCGGAGAUGGACCUUUCUGACCCCAGCUGUGUCCAGAAGCUGCAGCCUCUGUUCGGGGUGCUCGACAAGUGCUGGCUGGUCCCAGUUCACUUCACCUUUGGAGCCGAUCAAGCUUGGCAAUCCUUCCGCAAUUUGAGCUUGAGCUACCGUGGAAGCGAACGUCAAGCACCCAACACCUUACAACUAUCACUUCGCUUUAGCCAUGUGAUGGAGCUUCGGUCUCAAGAUGGCACCCAUGGGUCAGGUCUCUCCACCGAGCAGCGCCUUCAAGAUGUGGUGCAAUCCUUCAACGAGACCUCUGGCCUGCAGAACAAACACAAGAUCGACGAGGAGAAAUUCAAAGCCAUCUACAAUAUCAUUGCCGGAAGCUGUCCUGCUGCUCGCGACAUCAUCCGCGCUCACCUUGAUCGGGCAAAGUGGAAGGAAAGCGCUUUCAGUGUUGAACAGUUUCGCUCUGUUCGUUGGAUGCUCAACACAGCUCCCCGGAGCUCUUGCUGCCCGACCACCCUGCGCAAGUUUUUGACCGUCACCGAACUUGCACAGUGCAUGCACUUGAAGCUCGUCAUUCAGAGUUUCUUGGACGCGGGACGCCGACUGAGAGCAAGUGCUAGGCCACGGGUACGCCUUGCCUCUGAGGGCUUUGACAAGCUAUGCGAUUUCGCUUGUGUGUACGCCAAUGUCCUGACAGAAGCCAGAUCUCUUGCUAGCUGGUCUGACGAGAAGGAGAAGGGAUUCAUGAAAGCGUUCUACCAGAAGGACUACAUGUCGGAGAUUGAAGCGCUCAUUGUGGCCAAACUUCCUUCAUGGCAGCCCCAGCAUUUGUCUUUGUGGUCUGACCGGGUUGAGCCGCCAGCUACCCCAUGCAAGGUGGCCACGGCUGCAGACAUCGUCCAAAUGGAGGACGAGGCUCAAGGGGCAAAGUUCCGGGAGAUUAGGGCAAAGAUCAGCCAGGACGUGGCAAGCAUGACGGCCUACAACGCCAAAAUUGAGGCCAACAAGAAACGGGAACACGUGGUGAUGGUCAUGCAUGAAAGGAGCCAAAUGCAAGUUGGGAAAGAGCUCUGCGAAUCCUACAUGGAGAAAUGGUGCCGCGUUGACAUGACCGCCAAGAAGGAGAACUGCGAUUCGAAGAUCGAUCAAAUGGUUCGGGCAACCGCAGCUGCCAAGAAGGUUGAACCCCGCGACGUAGACCUCAUUCUGUAUAUGGAUUGCACCAAGAUGGGUGUGAUUUCACAGAGUGAGAUCAACUAUGUGGGUGAGACUGCUGAGCGAUUGCUGUACCGAAACCCUUCCAGAUCAACUCUGCUCUUGUUGCCACCGCUCUUGGUGGGUUCUGAUGGUGGAGGCAGCCUCCGAAAUGACAUAAGGAAAUUGGAGGACAAAUUGCUUGCUCACAAAAUUGAGCUGAAGCCCUUCACAAUCAACCUUGACCAGAAGGAGCUCCAUCGGAACAGAGACCUACCCUCUGCAUUCAUUGCCUUCAUGGGGGUAGUUGACUCGACGCUCCCACUGAAAGGCACUGCGCACCGAGUGGUUCGUGGUGCUCCUGAGAGUGAAAAUUCCACGAAUGUGUUUUGCAGUUCCUCCUUGUGGCUUCGUCAAUCGCUCCGACCCGAAGCUUUUCCACCAGCCCUAGCAGAGAAGGAGUUUGUCGUGCCAGGAGAAGCUUUCACAUGCAACGACACACGCAGGAACUAUUCAGACCAGCAAGAGACUGCACAAUGGCUUGGCGGCCAAGCUGUUCCAAAGGCUCUUCUCCAAGCACUCACAGGUGACCGGAAGCAGUUCUAUGGCGCAGUGGUUGUGCAUCCAACGUCCUAUGAUGCAUGCGUGGAGCUGGCUUCAUUGCAGCUUGGUCUCUCUGUCAUGGGGAGCAGCAGUGUGCAAGCCAAUUUCCAGUGCGCCAAGGAGAUGGCCAAGGGUCACCUCCUAGAGGCUUGGAAAGCGGCCCGAAGUCCUAUGGACAAAACCCAACCUCGCUAUCACAAGGAGCCUUCGCCUGACAGCCUUCCUCAGAAAGACGACUUGCCUGCUCUCAAGGUCUGUCAGGUAUCUGACAACAAACUGUGCCUUCCGAGGGACAUUCGGCAGAUGUUCCUUCAGUGCCCCAUCUACGGGCCUGAAUGGCGCAGUUUGCUGAAGGAGUUUGAUGCGCAGCGGGGUGUGCCUGCAUCAGAUGGCUCUCCGACCCCACGAUCCAGUGCCAAUCCCAAUGGCACACCCAGCCCUGUGAAGGAUGAGGUGAAAAUGGAGAAGGAUGAGUUUGAUUGGAGCACAGCAUUUCCCGACGAGCCCAAGACCAUGGACGCAAUCAAGCAAAAGUACGGGCAGGACAUCACCGAGAUGCCAGGCCAUGACCCCAAUGUCACCUUUGUCCUCGUGCCGGGUCCAGCCCUCUUUGUGACUGUCAAGGAAGCCAUGGUGCUGAAGAACGCUGCGAUCAAUGGUCCCAUUGUGGCGCACGGGGCAGGAGUUUGGCUAUUGGGGGACAAGGCAGACAAAUUCAAAAAGGACAACCCUAACCGUGGCAUCCCGUGCAGUUGUCACAACGAUGAAGGGUGGGUAGUGAUGGAGGAGCAAGGUGCUGAUGGUGAUGUGGUGUCACUGCGUGUUGCGCUUCAGCGUGUGGAGAAGGGCGGGAUGGUUGACUUUAGCCUGGGCGGCCACACCUGUGCUCGUCCAGCAGCGGUGGCACAAGGUCAUCAGGACGAUCACUUUCAAGUGGCUCCAGACGCCGCCCAGGCUUUGUUGUGGAGGCCACAUGCUAUUGCGACCAAGAACCUCAAGGCUUGCAACGUUGCGAGCAGCUUUUUGUGGUCUGCUUUGGAGGAGUCUCCACUUGUGCUGGUUUGGCGUUUGCGGAUCUAUGCGACCGAGAAGUGUGUUGCGGCUUGCAAGCCGUUGUGGUUCCUUCCGGCUCCAUUGGACCUUGGGAAGGGCCGUUGCCAAAGGUUGAUCUGA